AGCCCAACGUCGGUCCGAUGUUUGCGGAUUACUUCCGGGACAGAGAUCACAACAACACUGGAUGUAGUCCGAUCUGAACCAGAUCGACUUGUUGCGUGCAAGAGAACAAUAAAGAUAUGCGGAAUUCUUCUGACCCUUCACAUUCAGAUUUAGCCUUUGACCUUUGUAAAGGGUAAGCUUGCAGGAGAUCCUGUAGGAAACGUCCACGUCACAAGUUGGAUCACCCUAGGCUGGAUCACAAACCUCUGGAUCACUUCUGAUCCCCAGGAUCAACCAUCAAGUGUCCCUUAUUUGAGUCCUCCGGAUUCUUCUUAAAGAUAGGACUGUAGAUCCUUGAAGACGCCAUGUUACAAACAGCGACGGCAGCCAGCCACUACCACAUGCGAUCCGGGGGAUCCCGCGCGAUCUACGCUCCUCCGUCAGGCCGACAGGAUCCCAGUCGUUCAGAAGAACGGGAAAGUAAUAGAAAUUCCAAGAUGCCUCCCAAGUUCAAGAGAUUCCUGGACAGCGACGAUAUGUACAGGGCAGGGGUAGCCGAGAGAGCGAGCCUUCUUGAUGGCAGUGAUGAUGAUGAGGAAGACUUUUUUGUAGCUGCAGGUGGGAAGCGCUACAACAAGUACACCAAAAUCAAGAGAGUUCAAGGUCAGGUGGAUGAGGUCAUAGAGGUCAUGCAGGACAAUGUUGCCAAGGUGAUAGACAGGGGAGAGAACCUGGAGCUGCUACAGGACAAGUCAGAGGAACUCUCUGAUCACAGCAUCAAGUUUCUAAACACUUCCAAAAGACUCAAGUCAACAAUGCGAUGGCACAACUGCAAGAUGUAUGCCUUACUGUUCACUGUACUACUGGUCAUCAUCCUCGUCAUUGUGUUGCCCAUCAUCAUUCAGAAGUACAGGAAGCCAUAGUGGUCCCUGGUCUGGAACAUUGUCCUACAUGAACUCAAGUGCAUUAUAAUAAACCUGUGAAUAUUGCCUAGGAAAAUGUAGUAGUCAGACAACAUUUAAGAAGCAUUUGUCUUUUGUAAACAAAAGCAACUACAUUGUAUGUAAUGUAUUUUUAAGUGUUUUUCUUAACAGUUUGGACUAGUAAGAGCUUUAUACUACAUUGUAUUAUACUGUGUUUCUUUCAUCAUUUGGUUGUAGACAGCUGUAUUUUGUCUAUGCAUAAUUGGUGAGACAAUGGGUUACAUUUAACAGUCUAUUUAGUGUGGUGGUCAGAUAUUGACCAAGAAAAGUAGCAUAGGGACUUUUUUGCUGCUCAAAAUUUAAUCUUAACCUUGCUGCAUGGGAACACUUUUUAUAAGGAAUUGCUGUGUUUUUUCAGAUGUGCUGGGUUAGUGAAAAAUGUAAUGGGAACCUCUAAAAAUAGUAUUCAGCCUUGUAAAAAGUGCUUUUUCUACAAACUAUUGAGAGUCAAGGAUAAUUGACAGUUUAAGACAAAACAACAUCAUCAAAUAAUAGUCCAGUGUGUGCAUUAAUCAAGAUCCAAUGAUAAGUAAAUAGAAUUACUGGUAGAUGCAUGAAUGUAAUUACUACUAGUAUCAUAUUAGGUUUUUUUAUAUCAGUCAUGGCAAAAAAUGAAUUAUAUUUACCAGGUCUGUCAGUUUCAAAUCUUGACAAAUGCUAUAAAUGACAGCACAUGUAUUUGAACACAAAGUCUCAUCACAGCAACAUAGCAAAAUUGAUUAUUAAGACUUGCUGCCUUAAGGUAAGAAAUGAUAAGAAAAAAAAUUCUGUAUUUUUCAUGACAGAAAGACAGCAGAAUAUCAUGGACUAACACUUGCCUGAUCAUGUCACAUAGUGCAAUAUUCACACAUGCUAGCUGAACACAUCAACACAGUCUGAUAUAUUUUUCUGAUAGCUAAUGCGAUUGCAUUAUUGCUACAAGAAACAUGCUAAAGGUACAUUGCUCAUACAUGUAUUUCUAUCUGUAUAAACUGGUCAUGCAUUAGAAUGUAGACAUUCUUUCUUGAGAAAUUGAAGGAAAGUAUGUAUAUUUAUCUUAACAAUAAUGAUAAGUAUAUAAAGAAACUGGCUAUUUGUGAUAUACUCUUUCUACUGGGUGAAUUAUGAUGUUAUUUGAUAGGGUGACUCCAUUUUUGUGUGUAGUUUGUUGUACAUGUACAUACAUGUAUGUAGCCUGGAACACAGCCCACCUGACACUCCACCCAACUCCAGAAAAGAGCUGGCUACCAGUGCCCUAUUUGCCAGGCUACAUAAACUGCAAGCAUGUAUAUAGUUUAAUGUUUUAUGAAAGGAAUGGAUUGUGAGGGACAGUGUGUUCUCACGUGUUAAGUGAUGUGUAGGUCUUGUUUAGGUACUGCUAGUAUUUGUUUCCUAAAUGUUUGGGACUGAGGUGGUAUGUUUAGCCAUGGCUUGCUUUAGCCAAGGACACAAUGGUGAAAUACAUUUUGUUUGUGUUUCCCUUUUCCACAAAGAUUUAGAGCAGCCCAGGGAUGCAGCAUCUGAUAAGUUAUUAAUGCAACAGGAAUGUGCUCAUUGUGCUGUACGCCAUUGCUGUGGUCUGCAUGAAAUGCACACUACUAGUGAAGGUCUGCAAGAGUGGUGCACAUAAAGGUGCAAAUUAUAAAAUUUAAUAUUUGUGCAGGACAGUUGUGUGUGUAUGCUAAAAUGUUCUUUCGCAUCAGAUUUAACAUACAAUAAGAGCUUUUUAUGCUCUGUAACGUAUUUGAAUACCCAAGAAGGUUUGUGUUUACUACAUGUAUAACUGUACUGAAAUAAAGGAAUCAAUUUGG